AUGGGUGUUCGCAUAAAGUUCGUUGGCAAAGGCAUCGAUGGGGAUGAGGAAAUUCAUAUUUGGGACCGACCAUCGAAUUCACACCCUUUAGAACUGAGUGAUCUAUCGGCAGUGGCUGUCGAAUUAUUUGGUUAUUCGCCAGGGUCGAAACUCGCGUUUACAUGGUUUGGUAAGUGUGUGCACAGUUCGACUGGCUUAUUUCAAUACUCCUGUUUCCAAGUUUCCCCCUUACUUAGAGACCUUGACACGUCGUUCUGGCUUUUGCCUAUACACUUUGGCUGGGGCUUUAAGGAAUCCUUCGGGCACUACUGCCGUCAAAAUCCCCGUCUGGAGCUUCAUUUGACGUCUUCUGGCCCAAAUGGGUGGCUUACGGUCAUUUCUGUAACAGUCCUGUAAAGUUGUUUUCGACUUGGCAGUUCCAGCCUUUUAUGUUUCUGCAUCCCGUAGCCGACUGCUGUCUCGGGUUAGGAUACGGGAGUGUGCACACCCUUAAGGAGUCCGGUACUCGGGUCGUAACUGCGACUGAAGACAGAUGUUCCAAAGCAGCUCUCUUAAAAGUUUAGAUUCUCAGUGGUCUCUUGCCUCAUGUAUUGCAAAAACUCCCUCUAUGUGUAUUAUCAAUUUGCCUCAUGCUAAUUGCAUGCGUCGACACUACGCCUCGUGGCUUAACUCUUGCUUAUCAGCACAUUCUUAGAUCCCAGAAUGUGCAAAUAAGCCCGAUAUCUAACCUGACUUCGAAGUCAGGCUAGAUAUCGGGCACUUGUUUUAUGCGUAGUCUUUGUAGUAGCAAAGUGUGUAGGAGGUGUUGUCCCAUUUCUCUUCGUCAAGUAGCUCUUGUCUAAAAUACGAAGAGGUUUCGUUUUAGUCAUUUUCGUAAAAGCGUGCGAUUUUGGUGCGCCCAUGUCCAUGAUUUAUGCAUCCCCACUUUUUUCAGAUGGCGAGGAUGUCAUAACCAUUGGCUCUUGUUCCGAGCUCCAGCAAGUGAUCAAAGACCACAUAAACGGCAUUUCUGGCGCACCGUUCUCUGUUCCAAAAGCUCUCAGACUUAACGUAACUUGCAAGAACCAAAUCCACCCUGUUAAGCAGUUCACAAUGCAUACUACUUCCUCCAGUGUGUGCACACCGGCAGCAAUGGUUUCGGCGCCGACGAUUGAUCCCUCAAAGUUGCAUGAAGGCUUUAUAUGUGAUGGCUGUGAGGGCGAAAUUUAUGAUAUCCGUUACAAAUGCCUUGCGUGCGCUGACUUUGACCUAUGCUUUCAUUGCUUCACUGAGGGAAAACAUUUGAAACAUCCUUUCAGUGCUGUGCGUUAUAACGAAGGACAGCGACUUCUAAUUGAUGAAUUUUUUAAUUUGUCUCGGGCUAUUAUUUCUCACACUUAUGAUGUAAGCCUUGCUAGAUCAAUCGGAACUCAGACACAAACAUCUUAUACGCAAGGAGAAACGUACACAAAUGAUGUGCCUGUGUCUGUUCCUGUCGAGGCCCAACGACCUGCUUCCUCUCCAUCUGGAGGAGCUGCGGAGUGGGAGGUGUUGGGCGAUGACUCGGAUUCCGAUUAUGUCUUUGGAAAUGGGUUUUCUGCCGCGAAGGACCCUGCUGAGGCAUCGCCAUUGCCAGAAGAACCCAUGCUAACUGAACCUUUGCGGGACUCGCACGCAGGCGCAGAUUUCAAAAAACCGACAAAUCCCUCAGUCCCAACCGUGUCUGUUAAGACAACUGACUGCCGAAGCCAUAUUAUAAAUGAACCGACAAAUUCCUUCCAAGAAUGUACGAGUUCUGUCGUGGAGAAGCCUAAACAGUGCACAUCCUCGCAGACUUCAAGUCUGCUAGAUCAACAGACUCAGCCGCCGCCACGAAUGCGUAUAGCCACUAGCUCCGUUGGUUAUUCUGUAGAUGACAACUCUGAGGCAGCAAGUGAGACCAGACACACAGGCGUUUCUACAACAACACCGAGUGCACUGGACCCAGUUUCACCAUCAUGGAGCUUGAGAGCCGCCGUUCAAGAGGCUCUCAGAGGUCAUGCCGACUAUAUUGUCGAAGCCUUCCGGAGACUCCGAGUGUCUCCCUCCACGACAUCCGUGGACGAGCUUAGAGUGCUUUUGGAUGCGGGAUAUUCAAACGAGAAUGGCAUUCUUACAUUCCUCUUGUCUGAAAACGGGAACAACGCUGCGGCUGUCCUCGAUAUACUUAAUCAACAGAACAUCUGA